GCUGCAGACGAACAGAAGGAACAGAAGAUGGAGAGACUAAUCUGGAUCCUGGCUGCCUUUGGCCUCAGUUCGACCUCCAGGCUUCCUGAGCAUAAAUUCGUUUUUGUGGAUGAGCUGAAGAACUGGACUGAAGCUCGGCGUUUCUGCAGAGAGACGUACAUAGACCUGGCAACCCUGGAGAGCCAGCAGGAAGUGGAGGCUCUGAAUGACCUGGCAACGUCAGUAAGCAAAACCUCCAAGGUUCCUGAUCCACUGACCGCUCAGAAUGAGGGACGAUCACUGGCCUGGAUCGGACUGUACGAUGAUGUGAACAGCUGGAGGUGGUCCAUGUCAGACUCAGACGUCUACCAACACGAAGAGAAGGAGUUCAGCAACUGGCAGGCUGGACAACCGAACAACGCCGGCGGACAAGAGAACUGUGGAGAGAUGAACGCUGAUGGGUCCUGGAACGAUGCGUCCUGCUCUAAAGGCCAAGAUACAAUCUGCCUUCAGCUCAACGGAUCAAGUGUGAUCCUGCAGAUCCUGAACUGGACCGAAGCUCAGAGCUACUGCAGAAAACAUCACACAGACCUGGCCAGAGUGAGGAGCCUGGCAGAGAACCAGCAGGCCAGCAACAGCUUCCCAAGAGGAAACGUUUGGAUCGGUUUGUUCAGAGACUCCUGGAAGUGGGUGGGAGCCAAGAACUUCUCAUUUAGGUUCUGGAACAAAGGAAACAAUGAACCCGGUAACAACGGGAAAGAGGAAUGUGCAGCGGCUCACUUUGGGAGAUCUGGCCAAUGGGAAGACUGGCCCUGUGACCAACACAAAGCCUUUGUUUGCUAUAGCGAGCUGUGUGGAAACGCCUCACAUCCUGGGCGUAAAUACUUUUUUGUUGGUGAGAUGAAGAACUGGACUGAAGCUCAGAGUCACUGCAGAGAACAUUACGGGAACCUGGCAGUGAUGGAGAACAUGGAGGAUGUGGAAACUCUGAACAACAUGGCAGCAUCUCUGGGAUUCACAUCCGCAGCCUGGAUUGGGUUGUACGAUGACGUGAACAGCUGGAGGUGGUCGGUUUCUGAAUCUGACUUGGACAAACAUCAGGAGAAACACUUCACAAAUUGGAACCCUGGUGAGCCAAACAACGAGGCAGGAAAAGAAAGUUGCGUGGAAAUGGUGGAUGAUGGGUACUGGAAUGAUGUACCUUGCUCUAAAUUGCAAGGUUCAAUCUGCUCACAGGUCAGAGGCUCAGAUGUUCAGUUUACCUUAAUUAAUGUCAACAUGAACUGGACUGCGGCUCAGAGCUACUGCAGAAACCAUUACACAGACCUGGCCAGAGUCAGAAACAUGACAGACAUCCAGAACAUCAAGGUGCUGAUACCAGCAGGAAAAAAAGUUUGGAUUGGUUUCCACAGACCUUUCUGGAUGUGGGUGGAUGGAAGCAGCUUCUCGUUUAGCUACUGGGGAUCCAGUGAACCUAAUGGAGCAGGUGAGAACUGCGCUUUAGCAGACCUGGGAAACUCUGGACGGUGGGAGGACUGGGACUGCGAUGGACACAGGCCGUUCAUUUGCUACAGUGUGGUUUGUGGGAACUCAACACUUCCUACACGCGAGUAUAUAAUCGUCGAUGAGCUGAAGACGUGGACAGAAGCUCAGAGAUACUGCAGAGAAAAUCACAAAGACCUGGCAACCAUCACCAGCAUGGAGGAUGUGAGGAACGUCACGGCAACAUCUGCAGGAAGAACCAAUCGGACCUGGAUCGGACUGCAUGAAGACGUGAACAGCUGGAGGUGGUCCAUGUCAGACCAGUAUCAGAACCAGUUCAGGAACUGGGCAGCUGGAGAACCUGACAAUAAGUUGGGCAGAGAGAGCUGCGGUGCACUAAGUGCUGAUGGAUCCUGGUACGAUGUGUCCUGCUCUCAAACCUUAGCCACGGUUUGCUUCAAUGUCAGCGGAACAAACGCUACGUUUUACUACAGCAGCACCAAACGGAACUGGACUGAAGCUCAGAGCUUCUGCAGAGAGCAUUACACAGACCUGGCCAGCGUGAGAAACCCGUCUGACAACGAGGCGAUCCGGGGUUCGGUCCACAGAGCGGCCUGGCUGGGUCUGUACCGAGACUCCUGGAAGUGGGCGGAUGGAAGGAACUCCUCGUUCAGGAACUGGAACCGAGACGAAACCCAACAACAACGGGAAGGAGGAAUGCGCUGCUGCUCACUUUGGGAACGCUGGGAAAUGGCAGGACUGGAACUGCAGCGAGAAGAAAGCCUUCGUUUGUUACACUGCGGUCCAGUCAAAGCAUGUGGUGAAACUGCAGCUGGUGCUUCCAUCGUCUGUGACGGAGGACGACUCUGCCAUGAUGGAGGAACUCCUGAUCAAGCUGAAACAGAAGCUGCAGGACGAUGGAGUAAAAGGAGACGUGAAACUGAGCUGGAGGAAACAAUCAGACGGAAAAAUCCUCCACAAACCAAAGAAGAAGAAAGAUGA